UAAGACUUCACCAUCCUCACCUCACAGACAGUUGAGGGCUCUGAGAGUCUGGCACCUCUCGACAUUCUGUAAGCUGCAGACCUAUAGCCAUUAUGACGAGCUUUCCUCCCCAUGGCCGCCUUCGGACUUUGAGGGACCCGAUUAAUGACUCCCAGUAUGGGAUUGACAUCGUCCUCGUUACUGGAAUCGGGACAGCCUCCCCAGAGGACUGGCCGUUUGCAAGCCAGAAGUGGCUCGCCACCCUCCCCGAGUCCGCCAUUGGGGCACGCAUCCUCGCCUACGAAUAUGCUUCGCCAUUCGCCGGAAGCAAAUCUUCAUGGGAGUCCAUGCUGAUGCUAGCUUACGAUUUCUUGCAGCAUCUGAAUGACUCGCGAUCUCAACUGAGCUCAGAUCUGAUAUCAACCAGACCCAUCAUGGUUGUCUGUCACAGCCUGGGUGGCAUCAUAGUCAAGCAGGCUUUGUGCAUUGCCAACAAGCAGUUCUUCCGGUUUGAGUCGAUUGUCAACGCGACAGCUGGCGUUGUAUUCCUAAGCACACCGCAUCGCUACGAAGACGGGACCACGAGCUGGAAUAGGUUCCGAGACAUUUUAGAAUCAACCACCGGCAAGACCCUCAAGACCUCAGGUGCUCACAUUGAGCAAGAAGGCUCGAUUCUGCUUGACCUCGCAGAUCGAUUCGAAGGAAUCUCCUUCCGCACCCCCAUAUUGUCCGUCUACGAACUCAGAGAAUCGAAGAAUAGCUCGACACCAUUGCUUCCGAAGUACCAACAAUUGGUCACCAGAGAAUCUUGUUCGACUCAUGCUCCGAUGGAAACGGUCAUCGGACUUAACCUCAGUCAUCACGAUACUUGUCUUUUCACUAAGAGCAUUGGCGGCGAAGGCCUACCCGAAUUGAACAAGUUUAUUUGCGAUACUAUGGAAAGCGCCGUGCAGCUUGUUGCCCUUCGGCUCGAAGAUCAGGAGUACCAGUACGCAACGAUGAGCGCCUACUCGCCCACGAUGAGUGAAGCACCUUGGAGAGCUGAGCAAUUCGAGCAAAGUGAAUGGCCAUCAAACCAAGCAACCGAAUGGCCGUCAAACCAAGCAACAUCAGGAACCUCUCUCGCGGGAUUUGAGUUGGUACAUCCGGCCACACCCAAGUCUGAGAUUCGAAAGAUCCUCAAUCUACCCUGCUAUCUCCUCAACUCGCAUUCUGCAAAUAGUGACUUUUGCGGUCGCGAGGAUAUCCUGGAGCGUCUCGCGGCUGAACUCUUACCCUCGAAAAAUGUGGUCGCAGCAUCAAGCACUGGAUUGCGACAAUUCGCGCUAUGCGGGUUUGGUGGAAUCGGUAAGACCGAAAUAGCCCGCGAAUUCGCUCGCCGCCACAAAGCCCACUUUGACGCGGUGUUCUGGGUCGUGGCCGAUGAGAUUGCGAAGCUUGAUCACCACUACCAACAGAUCUCUCUGGCACUGGGACUCGAAGAUGCAUCGGAGUGUAAGAGCCAAGUCGUCAGCAGGGAGAUUGUUAAAGGGUGGCUUUCCAGUCCCCGAAAACAUCUAACCGGGUCGGAUGAACUCCUCCAGCCGGGUCGCGCCGGUGCAGAAGCGACUUGGCUGCUGAUCUUUGACAACGCAGAUGACCCGAUGGUCCUGGCGGACUACUGGCCUCAGGGCAGUGGUUCAGUCCUUAUCACUAGCCGCGAUCCAUUGGCUAUGAGCAUGUUUACCAGAAGACCCUCGGGUCUGGGUCUCGGGCCACUGUCACAGAAAGACAGCCUAGCCCUCUUCAACCAACUGACUACGAUCUUCGAUGAGCCGGAAGAUACGACAGCGCGAAAGAUCUCUGAUGCGCUUGGCGGCAUCCCUCUGGCUAUCUCACAGAUGGCCGGCAUCAUUCGUCGCCAGGACCUCACCUUGUCCGAGUUUCUGGAGCUUUACAUGGACCAUGAGGAGCACGCUAGUCUCUACGAGACCAAGUUUGAUACCAACAUGAUCACCUAUCGACAUUCCCUUGCUACGGUGUGGACAUUCGAGAAAUUGAAGCCCCAAGCUCGGCAGCUGCUCGAGGUGAUCGCAUUUCUCGAUCCGGAUCUCAUCCGCGAAGAUCUACUGAUGCAGGCAGCAGUGGAGAUGAGUUGCGAGAGCGCACCUUACAAGAAAAGUACCUUCAUCGAUGCUCGAUCCGAUCUGCUGCAACUAUCUCUGAUUCAAAGAGACAAGAACAAGUCACAGAUAUCGGUGCAUCGCAUCGUGCAAGAUGUGGUUCUGACCAGAAUGGAGUCUGCGAGGAAACACCUCAUCUUCGACAAACUCGUAGAGAUUCUUUGGGUGAACUGGCCGUCGGCUAUGCCCAAGCCAUCCAAGGAGCCCGAGCUACCCCAGCCCAAAUCGAGCGGCGGCAGGCUUUAUGUUGGCCGAUGGCCUGCAUGUGCGGCCAUCUAUCCCCAUGUGCUUAGGCUCCACCAGCUCUGGCCAACCAUCUCAUGUCCUUCCGAGACCACCAGUCUGCUAUUCGCAAAGCUUUUGACCGAAGCUGCAUGGUACCAGAAGGAACGCGGUCGAACCAAGCAUUUCGACGGCUUCUUCGACACCGCGCGCACGAUCUGCGACGCCUCGGCGCACCACCCCGACCGCGACUCCCUGCUCGCAGACAUCCACUUCUGCCUCGGCGCGAUCGCCAUGGACGCGAGCGACUUCGCCGCCAGCCGCAUCCACAAGGAGCAGUCCCUGCACCUGGUCGCCGCGAUCUGCAGCGAGCUGGGCACCGCCGACGAGCGGCUGUAUCUCGCCACCGCGGAGCGGGGGAUCUCGCGCAUCCAGGACGGACGCUACGCCGAGGGCGAAGCGGACCUCAAGGAGGCGCUGCGCAUCCGCAAGGCGUGGGGCAACUACAUCCCGCGCUCCGGCGAGGCCAACCUCAGCUGGGCGCUGCUGGCGCAGGGCAAGCUCGACGAGUGCAACGCGCUGCUUUUGGAGAGUCUGGCCGGCCGCGAGCGGGCGCUGGGCAAGGACGAUCGCGAGUCCGUCCGCACGGGCCUGAUCCUCUAUGCGCUGGGCAAUCUGCGGGCGGCGCAGCACGAGUGGCAGGAAAGCUUCGCGUAUCACCAGCGCGCGUGGCGCCACAUGCGCGCCACGGUCGGCGACCGCGACUUUUACACUGCGAACGUCGCCCACAAGCUGGCGGAGCAUCUGCUGAGGCUCGGCCAAUGCGAGCAGGCGAUUGCAAUGAUCAACACAGCACUAGAGAUCUGGUCCGUUGACCCCAACGCCCAUAAGAACGAGAUCGCGCGCACCACAUUCCUCAAGGGAAAGGUCUUCGAGUCCACGGGCAAGCCCCAGAAAGCUUCGAUCGCUCUACGGGUGGCCGGCCGUCUGAGGAAGGAGAUCACGAAGGAGGAUCGCGAUGUCAAGAGCCUGACGACCGAGGACUUUGACACGAUUGUGGCUUUUUGGGCUCGUUGAUACACCCCGUCUUGUCCCGGGUCGGUGGUAGAUCCGCGUUUUGUGUAGUUAGGGCUUCCGCCGGGGGGGGGGGGGAGGCUU